GCCGCAGGGCCUGGCAGACCACCCUCCCCGAUCACCAGCUCUGAGCCAGGCCCCGGGCAGCAGGGACUCAGACACGAGCUGGCUUCAGAGCAGUGUGGGCUGGCAGGCAGGCGACGGCCGCGUCGUGGCUGCUGCCUUUGGGGGUCAGACAGGCCUCCACCCAGCCCUGCCACUUCCCAGCUGGCUGCCUGGUGAUAAACCUCAGCUCCAGGGCAGUUUGGAGAAUUAGAGCUGGUGCCUGGUGCAUAGUAAGCGCUCGCCUGUUUAUGAUUAUUACCUUUCGCACAAUUAGUCAACCAACAGGUCCUGGGCGAGGCCCCGGGAAACACUUGGACAAACGAGACGCGGUUUCAGUUUCAUUCAUUGGCUCCCGUGGAGUUCGCUCCGUGCUGUCGGCCCUCUGCUUGGUGUUGGGUGCUCUUAUCAUAGGUCAUGCUUUUUGAGCUUUUCCUGUGUGCUGGGUGCGAUUGUGAGGCCUUGUAUCGGACUGGCCAGAAAACUCGUUUGGUUUUUCUGUAAACUGUUACGGAAAAAUCCGAAUGAACGUUUCGGCCAACCCAGUACAGGUCGUAAGUCACAACUUAGGAGCUAAGGACAACUGCUGCCCUUUUGCACUGGUGAGGAAACUGGGGUGAGAGGUUAGGGAACUUGCCUGGGCUCCCACAGCCUGAAGAUGGCAAUGCUGGGAUGCAAACCAGCUCUGAAAAAGUGAAAGUGAAAGUCGCUCAGUCGUGUCCAAGUCUUUGCGACCCCAUGGACUAUACAGUCUUGGAAUUCUCCAGGCCAGGAAACUGGAGUGGGUGGCCUUUCCCUUCUCCAGGGGAUCUUCCCGACCCAGGGAUGGAAGCCAAGGUUCCCGCAUUGCAGGCGGAUUCUUUACCAGCUGAGCCACAAGGGAAGCCCAACCAGCUCAGAGGCCACCCUUAAACACUAGUCACAGAUGCUCACAGGCUUUGCUCCUCCAGAGUCAUGGUCUAGUGCAGGGAUGAUGGGACGAUGGUGAGGGAGGUGCUGUGGGUCUCAGGCUCUUGGGGUGGACUCCAGGGUGGCCACCUAAACGGGUUCCGUGAGCAGUCGAGGCCACCUGGCCACACCCAGGGAAAGCAGGUCUUGGUUCAGGUGUCGCCUGCUGGUUGAGGCCAGCGUUGAAGCAGAUGUGUCCCCAAGCCCAGGGUCCUAGGAAAGUCAGGGACACUUCAGAUGGAGGGUUCUGAGGCUCCUCUGUCCCUCCUCCUUGGACAGACUCACAGAUGCCAGACUCCUCCCAGGACUGGCUUCCUUCUAGUCUCUUCUCCCUUCUCUUCCUUUCCUGGCCAUGGUGUCUGCUCCCUGCAUCUCCCAGACCUUGCUCUCUCUCUCUCUCUCACGCCCUCUCCUGGCAUUUCCUUGUGUCCUACAGAGGGAGGCAUAUUUUGCUCGGAUGCGACGGGCUCACCAGAACCGCACGUCCCUCUCAGAGGAGCAGUUGCGGGCAGCCAUAACCACUGGCAGAAUCCCGGGGCCCCCACAGGGCAAGGGCCGGGCACAGCGGUUCUCACAGGUGGAUGAGGCCCAAAGGCGGAUGGAUGCUGAAAUCUGGCAGCUCCUCUCCAGCUUUGCCGCCCAGCCCCCGGCCCCUCCCCAGAGACUCUCGCCCCAUCCUCAGCCUGCAGCUGCUCUGCAAGCAGCGCCGCCCUCCUCCCCCUCCUCCUCCUUCCCCUCCUCCUCCUCCCCCUCCUCCCCCUCCUCCUCCUUCCCCUCCUCCUCCCCCUCCUCCUUCUCCCCCUCCUCCUCCUCCCCCUCCUUCUCCCCCUCCUCCUCUGCCUUCUCUGCUUCCCUGUCUUCUGCAGCGGGUGCUCAGGUAUGUGCCGAGUCACCCACCAAGGGACCCCUCCCUCAAGCACCACGUUUUCAGUUGUCACUGAACCAACGUCACAAAUUCUGCCCGUUUCUGCACCCUACUUGGACAGAUAUUUAUUCCCAUUUUUUUUUUCUUUAUACCAAGCCUGUACCAGCUCAUUUAUGCUAGUUUUGCAUUUUUAAAUCCACACCAGAACAGCCACUAAAUUUCAAAACGUUCUCUGGGGUGCCCCGUCAAUCAUCCUGGGGUCCACAGGGGACGCACUGCCAGAUAUAAGCAGAUAUUGACCCAAGCCGCAGCCAGCGAGAGCUGCGGGGUGUCCGGACCCAGACGGUGGGGAGCAGGAUGUCCAGAGGGCAGGGCCAGGGCCUGCACUGUGGGGGCAGGGGUGGGGUCUCCAUCCCUCCGCCCUCCUGGGCUUCCCUCCAGGGUCUGUGCUCACCCGCUGUCGGGCCCACC